UCUUGAGCUGCAUUACUUUCGUAUUUGACAUAGCUGUGAGUAAAAGGCGUAGCUAGUAAACACCACAGCAGACGUCAGAGGCCGAAAACGCCGACUGAUUAAACCCGUGUCCCGGUACAUGUAAAGCCUACCGGUGUGUUUGGUUCUCCCGGUGCCGUCCGUGGUUGUCAUAGUGACUGUCAGCCUCCAAAACAGCAGAACCGUCGGGCGUUAGCCAGCCAGCUAACAAGCUAGCAUAGCCAUCAAGCCGUAGCAGCAUCAGUCGCAGCUAGCAUUAGCAGCAGAAGACAAAGAUGAUAGCGCUUAUCAACAAGCUGCUGGACUGGUUCAAGGCGCUCUUCUGGAAGGAGGAGAUGGAGCUGACCCUAGUUGGGCUGCAGUACUCGGGGAAGACGACCUUCGUUAAUGUGAUAGCGUCUGGUCAGUUCAGUGAAGACAUGAUUCCCACAGUCGGAUUCAACAUGAGGAAGAUCACUAAAGGCAACGUCACCAUCAAGUUGUGGGAUAUCGGCGGUCAGCCUCGGUUCAGGAGCAUGUGGGAGCGUUACUGUCGAGGGGUCAGUGCUAUUGUUUACAUGGUGGAUGCAGCGGACCCAGAGAAGAUUGAAGCCUCCAAGAAUGAACUCCACAACCUGCUGGAUAAACCGCAGCUGCAGGGGAUUCCUGUUUUGGUUCUGGGGAAUAAGAGAGACCUACCAGGAGCUUUGGAUGAGAAGGAGCUCAUAGAGAGGAUGAACCUGUCGGCAAUCCAGGACAGAGAGAUCUGCUGCUACUCCAUCUCCUGCAAAGAGAAAGACAACAUUGACAUCACUCUUCAGUGGUUGAUCCAACACUCCAGGACUAAGAGGAGUUCCUGAGAAAUGACACGUUCCCAACAGUACAGGCCAAGCCCACCUACCCCAAUACCUCCCAGCUGUCCUCUCUGUCAUCUACCCGUCUUAAUACCACCCAACCCCAGUUACCUGAACCCCUACACCUUUGGAUGCACUGAUACCUCUUUGUUUUUUGAUGAAGUAUCAUAGCAGGUUGAAUACAUCAGAAACCAAAGCAAAGCCUUUUUCCUUAUACAGGCAAACACAUUUAACCUUCCAAAUAGGGGUCAAAAGUUAUCAUGAUGGUUUAUCUUGUGAGAUAUUUAAACACAGAAUUAAGGAUGAUAGUUGAGUUCAAGAGAUCUAAUGUUUGGAUGCUCUUCUAAAUAUUUUUUGGUUAUGUCCUAGUAGAGUAAUCAUUCCAACUCAACAAACAUCAUCUUUGAGGUAGAAAAAAAUGAUGACAACCAAUCAGUACAGUUCCAGUAGAACUUUGCAUUGACAGUCUCACCACUGGGAUAAAUUUACAGUGCAGAACUCAAUUAAUUUUCUUUUUGUUCCUCACAUUGCACACUUCCUUCAACUUGGAAACGGUGAACUCGAACUGAAAACUGCUCAUUAGUAUCCAGAACCUACCUCUCAUCAUCGGCAGUCUGCAGUUUGCAUUGAAAUCGAAGCUGAUGUUGUUUAAACUGCACACAACAGACAGUGUAAGUCAUAGGGGGACUUAAAGAGUGUUGUGAACAUAUCAACUGCUCUGAGAGCUUUCUGCACAUGGCCGCAGAACUUCCCCGUGUGCCCUGAUGCAGCCAAAAUCAGCACAAGGCCAAAAUAGCCCAAACAAACAACCAUUUUGUUUCGUUAGGCAAACUUUGGGCUGCUUGCGUGCGUCUGCAGAAGGAUCUAGAUGGUCUUCUCCUGGUUCUUCAAAGCAUUAUUCAAAGAAGCAUUAUGUAGACUGCCGACCUGUAUUGUUCAUGUAUGAAGGCAGACACAUUAAAACCUGUAAGUACUGUGCAUGAUUGCAUGGUAAAAGACGACUGACAGCAGGAAAAGUGGUAUCUGUGCAUCUUUACAGAUUCGCACAACAGCCGCCAUCAUUACCUGAUUUUAAACGAUCAAAUGUUUUUCAGCCAUUUUUAGUCUUAAUGAUCAGGAGAAACUGUUAUUUUUGAUUAAUGGCCAUAAAGACACAAGUUAAGCAUUAUUAGCUGGUUAAUGGGUGGCUGUUGUGUGCAUCUUUCCUAAAGAUUUCCCAUGAGCCUUUUCAGCCCCCUCCAAAUGCUAUCACCACAAAUCAUUUAUUUCUUCUCGUCUUUCUCCCAUUUUCCCGUUCUACCUCCAUAUCUUCCAUCCUUCGUAUAAUCCUGAGAACCUCCUCUUCGUCCUCCUUCGUCUGUUGCAAACUGCUUCUCCUCCUCUGUAUUCCCUCUCUGGCAAGGACUCCCUUCGUUCUGUCCUUCCUUGUCACCAAGCCCCGCCCCUUGUCGUCUCCCUCUCUCUCUUGCAGAGCGAGGGGUUAAAUACCUUUUUAUUGCACUGUUAAUUUUGUUUUUUGUAAGAUAUUAAUAAUGAGAAUAAUGUUAAUAAUCUUCUUAUUGUGACAUAACCUGAUCUGUCCAGACUUAAGGAAAUGGUACUUUAACUGAAGAAGUGUUUAUGUUGAUAUCUCUGUGAUAAGCUUUUAUUUUGUAUUUGUUUUUUUGCUUCUUUUUUUUUUAUUGUUGUUUUUUUGACUUCAUAAGUCGAGUAUGGUUGUCUAACUAGACUUCAAUGUUUACUGCUCUGAAAUGUCUGCUGAUUGGACAGCGGGGGUCAUGUGAUCACAUGCAGCAAUCACAUCAUGUUGGCCAAAAUGAAACCGUGUAGUUUGCUUGACUUGGAGAAACCCUCACGUAUCAGAUUUUUAUUUUAAAGUUGAUCAACUUCCAAGUUUUUAUACACUUAUUUACCACAUUUCACCUUAAUAAUACCUCACAUCAGAUUUGACAAUGUGUUAUUUGAAAUCACCACAAGAUGGCAUCAUAAAUAUCUCCCAUAUUCGUUCAUCUGACUGCAAAUAUGGAUUAAAAAUUAUUUGUUAUUUUUAUGCACAGAAAGGUCUGAAAAUGAUCAAAUUCCAUCGAAUGAACAUAAACAAAAUUGAACUGAAAUUGGAAAGAACUAAAGUUUUCACCAGAAACUGGACAUAAUUGCCAGUUUUUAUUAUUUUAAAAUCAAAAUAAUAUUCCUGUUCACUUUUUUAAUAUCAUGUUCAUAAUUAGAAUUCAGUCAUUAUACAAAUGAACUAAAAUCAGAACAUGGUUUAGAAAGUUAAAAAUUCAGUUUGCUCUUUAGUUUCCAAGUUUUGAUUACACGUUUUGCAAAUGAGUCUUUCACAUUUACUUGCAUAGUUAUUUUUUUUUGUCUUUUUGGUCAUAGUUUUGCAUAAUAAGUCUUGAAAUCGAUGCUUUUUCUACAAAUCAUGCACACAUCGUUUCUUUUGACUAUUGGGAGCUGUGAACGUCCACAUAAACUCUCUACAGCAAAUGUUUGUAUUUAUAUUGAACACAACAAGAGGACUUUAUUUUGGGUGUUGCUGGUAUCAAAAUGAUGCUACACAGAGAUAUCACUUUACUCUUAUUUGUAUUAUUUAUAUUUAUAUGUUCAGUUGGUGCUCAGCUAGCUGCACUUGACCUCUAGGCUAAUGUUGAACCUUUAGGUGUCUAGGCACAGGGUUGACAACAAGUUAUCAUAUAAUUAUGUCAAGUCACAGAAGGUGGUUGGAAGGUCUCUCUCCCAAAAUGGUUUCCAUAACGUAGCACUGGAACACCCUUAACAUUAAUAUUGUUUAGGCAUGUCACGUCACCUGUUUGUCUCAUUUGGAUUUCAUUUUGGUCAACUCCUGUUGGAUCACAUGACAUCCUGGUCCUGGCAGCAGCCAAUCAGACAGGAAAAGGAAGAAGCAUUACCUGUUUGUUCUGUAAUUCGGUUGCUUUGCUCAAAUAUGGUCAGACUGUCAGCAGUGCACACACUUACCUGCUUUACACUGUCGCGACAAACAAGGUUAGUCUGUCUUAAAAUUUUAGGUAAAGAUUAGCCUGUGUUCCUGUGACACAAACCUAUAGAUCUUAAAUGUUGCUGAAAUUGGAAAAAAAAAAAAACAGGAUUCAAACAGCCCUCUUUGCUAACAUUUUCUUGGAAAUCCAGCCAAACCUUUUUUAGAUGCCCUGCUAACAACCAACAACACAAAUUAAUCUCAACACCUCUUUUGUGGCAGUGCAGUCACAGGAGGUCAAGUGGUUCUGUUAAAAGUGCUUGAUUCGUCCAAACAUCAGUUUUAAUUCCAGUCUUAAAUAGCACCUUAAAUGGUGAUUGUUAAGAAUUCUGUUGGCCCAGCUGAAAAUCUCUAGAAUGGAAGUUCCAACAAUAAAAGAUUGUGCUUCCAAGGAACUCCACAGAUCACGUAUGCUUCCGAGAGGUUUGCUUGGUAGACGUAUGACACUGCACUCUUAAAAAUGCCGACUCAGGAAAUCAAGAUUGAAUGUAAGAGGGUGCAAGAUACAUGCUCCCAUGCCAAAAAACAAAGACUGAACUCUAGUUUUUAGCAACUCUGUUCAAAACCCCUGAGAAAAUUAGCUAAGCGCUACCACCAGAAAGCUACACUGGAAGCUUGAGACAGUGCAGCCCUUUGAGGUUGAAUCCAGGCAACUCCAUGCAAAACUUAGAAGAAUGUGAGGUUAAAGUUAUACAGAUAUUAUUACCAGUGGUAUCGCUAAAUCUGCAGUUUGGCCUUCUUUAUCCCGACAGUGUAAAGCUGCCUAUUUCUUAACAACCGCCCAGAGCCAGCGAUCUGAAGGAGCUGUGUUCGUGAGCUGGCAGCCCCAGUAGGUGCAGUAUUUUCCUAACCAACAAACAGUAAGCACAACCAGCGCUAGAAAAGAGAAAACUGAAUCUCCCUCAGCCUCAGAAAGCUCUGUUUGCUCUCCAGCUGCUCCGGGUUCAGGUUCUGGUGUUUUCUGAACCAGACAACAGUUUCUGACUUUGUCCACUCGAGAUCUAUCAAGCCAGCAAAGUCUUUUCUUCUUUUUUUUCUGUUUAGUUAUUGGAGCCAUCAGACAGACUUAUCUGCAGAGGGGAAUUUACAGUAGAGUCUCUCCGUCUUUUACUUUUUAUUUGGGAAAAUGGACAGUCUAUACCUGAACAAUGGAGAUUCAUCGUUUCAGCUCCACCUCGGCUCGUAAACUCUGAGAUUCACCAGCCACGUUGACUAGUUUACCAGCCUGCCAAGAGUCCAUUAAGGCAGAUCAGCACCAUUCAACAACAGCUGUUGGUUCUUUUUUGUCCUUGUUUUUCUGAAUGUGUGAAACUUCAAAUCCCCCUGCAGGUCUGCUCUGAUUGGCUCUGGCCUCUUCUGUUUGCAUGCUAAGGACAGGGAUUAUAUAUCUGUGGGACCUGAUGACGUAAAUGCAUAUUUUGGUGUAACUUUACCAUAAAAUGGCCUUAAUCCAGUGUGUCAAUUUGAGUAUUAACCAUCAGAAAAGUAAAGCAAGUGCACAAGGGGAAAUGUAGGUAAAACAGUGCAAUAAAGUAUUGACAUGUGCUUAAAUAUUGUGUUUUUAUGACUGAGGAGAAUCACACAAAGCUUGCAGUGCUUUUCCUACAGGUGAAUACACUGGAAUAUGGUCACUGGGAUAGAAAGUUGGACCUGAUUUUUGUUUUUUUGUUGUUUUAUAUAUGGCAGAUAAUCUAGUGUACACCAGUGAUCCUGCAUGUGCAAAACAAUUGUGCAGGAUGUGUUGUAAAAUGUUUCAUGGUCAUCUUGUGCGCUUACGUUCAGAAAGCUGUCAAGAUUUCUGCAUAAAUCAGCAGCAAAAACCUGAAAAAUCCACACCCUAAAACAUGUAAAUGGUAACAAUGUUGCACUUUUCAAACCAAGCUUUUUGUUAAUCUUUCAAAAAUUACUGCAAAUACUCUCAAUUUUUCGUUAUGUGUGCACCCAGUACUGCAAAUCCUUUUCAUCAGGGUUAUAAUUUUACAUUUUUUUGUAACUUAUUGAUUUAUUAUAAGUGAAACAGCUUUCACACCACUUCAACCACUUUAAGAGUUAACGUUGUAACCUUCAAGAAAGAGAAACGUACCAAAACAAAGUAAACUAAAAUUCAGCGAUGCCCUAGGGUUUUGGUUUUUUGUUUUAAGUGAAGCCGACUCUAAAGAACAAAACCCGAAGCGUCUUAGACUCUGCUCUGAUGCUGACUGGAUUCUUUGUGCUCAUGCUGCUGAUUCUGUUGUUUUGUGUAUCAGAGUUUGCACAUGCAGGAUGAUCACAGUGAGACAGCCUGUCAUUUUGAACCUGUUUGUACAUUAUUGUUUAAUUAAGUUGAUAUAAUGUGUUUUAAUAGAAACAUGCUUGUGUAUGAUACUAAUUAAAAACUAUGGCGAAAUGUGA